AUGGUUCUCCACAAUGAGCUGCUCUGGGAAACAAUGGCCUUCCAGUGUCUCUGUGGUCUGUCUCUGUCACUCCGUUAUUGGGUCAAACUGCAAGGGAAGGUGUUGCCCUUCCUUCAGCCUGCUUCUUCCUCUUUCAGGUACGAGCACAAGUGCAUAAUUAAAAUGACUGAAACACCAAAGGUGGACCUGAAGUACCACGUGAAGACCAGACACGAGCAAGGCUGGGCAAGACCUGGUGACAGUGGCACGAAAGGGGACCUUUGUGAGACGCGCCUCCUUCAUCGAGCAGCGCUUUCUCCAAUAAGAUUACCGGCAUUGACUGUAAUGCCAGGGAGAGACCAGAAAGCCGAGGAGAAAGAGCCUCGCACCAGGCAGCUACCAGCCGUCCCGGGGAGACCCUUGCAGGAUAAAGAAGAGCAAGGGAAAGUCAUUCCUCUGGUGACUCCCAGGAUGGUGGACUUCAUUGCUGCAGCGGUGGAGGCAAAUAGAAGGGUACGUGACACAGACUGCUGCAGUGCCUCUGUCUUACUGAACUGUAGAAAAGCAUCACUGAUUCUCACAGCGUUCCUUACUGCGCGUUCACAUAACACCUUGCUUGAAGAGAAAUGA